CACAAGCUGAUGGGUGUGUGUCGUCUCCAAACCUAAAGACUACACAAACGUGGCUUGUGAAUGCCACACGCACCUCAAUUAGCCGCGUCACCAGUCACCAUGCUCUGCGCUGCGCCGAGAGAUCACCAUGCUCUGUGGCGGCCAACUCUGACUAUAUCCCCUUACCAGUGUCCAGUUCUCGCCCCUGUUCCUUUUCCCCCUUCUUUUCCUCAGCGACAAGCAGGUAGCAACAGCUUGUCCAUGGAGCGGAACCCAGAGUUCGCCGCUCUCGGCGCUCUUGGGCUCGCCGGCAUCUGCCGCGAGACCCUCCGCGUCGCCGGCUCCCGUCCCCCAGGCUUCGCCAUCUUGGCCGGCGAGGUGACCAUGCUCACUCUGUCCUUGCUCGCCCACAUCGCCAUCUCCCGCGCCCUCUUCUCUGAAGCCCUCGCCUCCUCCGACGCUGGCGCCGGCCUUCGCCGUCUCGCCGCGAACUGGGCGCCCUUCUUCCUCGUAGAGGCCGCCUUCCUCGUCGACAUCAUCGUCCAGUGGCUCUCCAACGCCGCCUUCUGCGUCUUCUCCGUCGCCCCGCGCUACGGCGUCACCGACGACCGCGACGCCCGCUCGAUCGCGCGCGACCUCCGCACAGUCCCCAGGUUCUUGGCCACGUUCCUAGUGUCCGUCUUCCGAGGCGACUCCCGCAGCGCCGCGCGCCUCGUCCGGACCGGCCCGAAGGUCGCCUGGCGCCUCGUGGCCUCCUGGCUCCGCGUCUUCCUCCUGCUCCUCGGCUACACCGCCUUCUUCGGCACCGCCGCCGCCUGGCUCACGCACGGCCACCUCCUCGACGCUGCUCCGCGGGCGGCGCUGCUGCUGGGCGGCGCCGUGUACCUCGCCGGGGCGGUGUACAUCGGCGCGGUGUGGUGGCGCGUCGCCUGCGUGAUGUUGGUGCUGGAGGACGUCGGGGGCUUCUUCCGAGCCAUGCACAUGAGCGACGAGCUCCUCGCCGGCAAGUCCUGGGCCGCUGCCGCAGUCUUCUCGACGAUCGACGGCUGCGUCGUCGCCGUGCAGCUGGCUUUCGGGGCGCUCGUGGUGGACGACAGGAUGGGCCUCGGCGUCUGGCUCCGGGUGGCCGCGGGUGUGGUGAUGGCGGUGGCGCUAUGGGCGGCGCUGACGGCAGGGUUUGUGGCUCAGGUGGUGGUGUUCUUGGUGUGCAAGAGCUACCAGCGCGAGAGAGAGCUUCUACGGCACGGCGAGGAAGAGCCUCGCGCACAUCGGCCGGAGAGGAGAAGCCAUUAGGAAGCGCCCACCAACACUCCAACUGCCAAGUAGUUCUUUAUUAAUCCUACGCAGCGCUCAUGAUGAAUUAAUCAUGCUAAUUUCUAUGCGUACCUUCCUAUAGAAGAUCUUUAGAGACUUUAUGCUUGGUAAUUGUAUUAUGCCAUUAAAGUAUGAUUGUUGAGCGCCAUAGAUGAGCAUUUGGAUUAGCCAAGCAAUCCAUCAAACCAAGUGUUUAAUUUCUUCUUGCCACUUGGUAUUAUUGCAUAUUUUUAACAGGAUUGCUAAAUCUUACUAG